AUGAGGCUCAUCCUGUCGCUCCCGGUUGUGGCGGUGGUUCUGUGGAUGGUCUUGGAAGGCCCAGCCUUGGCCCAGGUGGCCUCACAAAUAACCAGAACUUUGGAGUGCAUCCCAGAUAAGCUGAAGGAGUUUGGUAACAUGGAGGACAAGGCAUGGGAGGCCAUUGAGAGCAUCAAGCUGAGUGGCAUUCCUGCGAAGAUCAGGGACUGGUUUAUGGAGACUUACAAUAAAGUGAAAGAAUGGCUUAAAACUAACUACCUUCUCUUGAGUGCCAGAAGAGCUGCCCCCUCCUCUGUGGCUGUGCCCCAGGAGGAGGCUCCAAAAUUUCCUAUACCCUGGCUCCUGUGCUGA